CCCGCCCCGUCGCCGAGCGCAGCCGAACCCAGCCGAACCGAGCCGAACUCGGCCGAGCCCAGCGGUCGUCGCUCGCUGCCGAGGGCGGCGGAGAGCAGCGCGGUACCGUAGAGCCUGGCCUGGCCCGGCCCGGCCUGGCCCGGCUCGGGGAGAGCCCGUCCGCGCUUGACACGGGGUAAGGAGCCGCCGGGAAGACGAUGAAGCUGUAGAGAUGCUUCCCUACGUCAUCGCCACCCUGGGCUCAGUAGGGGCCCCCUGCAAAACUCCCACAUGCAACAACAACAACAGCACUACCAAGGACUACUGCUACAGCGCACGCAUCCGCAGCACUGUGCUGCAGGGACUGCCCUUUGGUGGGGUGCCCACCGUCCUAGCCCUUGACUUUAUGUGCUUUCUCGCACUGUUGUUUGUCUUUUCAAUUUUGCGUAAAGUUGCUUGGGACUACGGACGCCUGGCCCUGGUGACUGAUGCUGACAGGCGCCGACGCUGGGAGACGGAAAGAGAGGAACGGGAAUACGUAGCCUCCGCCCUGCAUUCUGACAACCAUGACCGCUAUGAGCGCCUCACCUCCGUCUCCAGCUCUGUGGACUUCGACCAGAGGGACAACGGUUUCUGCUCCUGGCUGACAGCCAUCUUCAGGAUAAAGGAUGAUGAGAUCCGGGACAAAUGCGGAGUUGAUGCAGUGCACUACCUGUCCUUCCAGAGGCACAUCAUUGGGCUGCUGGUGGUUGUGGGUGUGCUGUCCGUGGGCAUCGUGUUACCUGUCAACUUCUCAGGGGACCUGCUAGAAAACAAUGCCUACAGUUUUGGGAGGACAACUAUCGCUAACCUGAAGUCUGGGAAUAACCUGCUGUGGCUGCACACCACCUUUGCUUUCCUGUACCUGCUGCUGACAGUGUAUAGCAUGCGCCGGCACACUUCCAAGAUGCGCUACAAAGAGGAUGACUUGGUUAAGCGAACUCUAUUCAUCAAUGGGAUCUCAAAAUACGCCGAGCCAGAGAAGAUCAAGAAGCAUUUUGAGGAGGCCUAUGCCAAUUGCACUGUCCUGGAGGCCCGUCCCUGCUAUGAUGUUGCCCGGCUGAUGUUCCUCGAUGCAGAGAGGAAGAAAGCUGAGCGUGGACGAAUCUACUUCACCAACCUGCAGAGCAAGGACAACACCCCAUCCAUGAUCAACCCCAAGCCCUGUGGCCACCUGUGCUGCUGUGCCAUCAGGGGCUGUGAGGAGGUGGAGGCCAUUGAGUAUUACACCAAGCUGGAGGAGAAGCUCAAAGAUGACUACAAGCGGGAGAAGGAGAAGGUUAAUGAAAAGCCUCUGGGGAUGGCCUUUGUCACCUUCCACAAUGAGACCAUCACAGCCAUAAUCCUCAAAGAUUUCAACGCUUGUAAGUGCCAGGGCUGUGCAUGCCGUGGGGAGCCCAGAGCCUCCUCCUGCAGUGAGUCCCUCCAUGUCUCCAACUGGACUGUCAGUUAUGCUCCUGACCCACAGAACAUCUACUGGGAACACCUCUCCAUCCGGGGCUUUAUAUGGUGGAUCCGCUGCUUUGUGAUUAAUGUGGUCCUCUUCAUCCUUCUCUUCUUUCUCACCACUCCUGCUAUCAUCAUCACCACUAUGGACAAGUUCAAUGUAACCAAGCCCGUGGAGUACCUCAAUAACCCAAUCAUCACCCAGUUCUUCCCCACCCUGCUGCUGUGGUGCUUCUCUGCUCUUCUGCCCACCAUUGUAUACUACUCUGCCUUCUUUGAAGCACACUGGACCAGGUCUGGAGAGAAUAGGACAACCAUGCACAAGUGUUACACCUUCCUCAUCUUCAUGGUCUUGCUGCUGCCAUCUCUGGGCCUGAGCAGCUUGGAUGUAUUUUUCCGCUGGUUGUUCGACAAAAAAUUCCUUGCUGAAGCUGCCGUACGAUUUGAGUGUGUGUUCCUGCCAGACAAUGGGGCUUUCUUUGUCAACUACGUUAUCGCCUCCGCCUUCAUCGGGAACGCCAUGGACCUGCUGCGCAUCCCUGGUUUGCUCAUGUACAUGAUACGCCUCUGCCUGGCCCGCUCGGCGGCUGAGCGGAGGAACGUCAAACGACACCAGGCCUACGAGUUCCAGUUUGGGGCUGCUUAUGCCUGGAUGAUGUGUGUCUUCACUGUAGUCAUGACAUACAGCAUCACCUGCCCCAUCAUCGUCCCUUUUGGGCUCAUGUACAUGCUGCUGAAGCACCUGGUGGACCGGUACAACCUGUAUUAUGCUUACCUGCCUGCCAAGCUGGACAAGAAGAUCCAUUCAGGGGCUGUGAAUCAGGUAGUGGCAGCCCCCAUCCUCUGCCUUUUCUGGCUUCUCUUCUUCUCCACAGUGCGCGCAGGGUUCCUGGCCCCCACUUCCAUGUUCACCUUUGUGGUCCUCGUGAUCACCAUUGUGAUCUGCCUGUGUCACGUCUGCUUUGGGCACUUCAAAUACCUCAGCGCUCAUAACUACAAGAUUGACCACACAGAAGUGGAUGCCAUGGACAACAGGCAGAAUGGGAGACCUGCCACCAAUCUGCCGGCUCCCAAAUCAGCUAAGUACAUCGCCCAAGUGCUGCAGGACUCCUCGCCGGAGGGCGAAGUAACAGAGUCGGAGGAGCAGGGAUCGCAAGAUGAGGAGCUCAUUAAUGCAGACGGCAUGAAUGACACAGAUUUCCAGUCGUGUGAGGACAGCCUGAUAGAGAAUGAGAUCCACCAGUAGGGACCUCAAAGGGCGGGAGGGGAAGGAGGCCCAGGAGCAGGGCAGGCUGUGCGCAUGGAGACCUGGGAAGAGGCACCUGAGGGUGCUGGCUGCUGCCCUCACCCUCCCGCCCCCAGGGCCGCUGCCUUCAGUGAGGGCAGGGGCCCUGCUGCAAGCUCUCCAUCUCCCUGCCCCUCCACCCCUGCGCCAGCCCGCUGCUCGGCAGGCAUGCUCUUUACUAGCUACCUUCUUCAACGCAUCCCUGGACCCCAGACUCCCAGAGGCUGGGGAGGAGGGGGCCAGAACCCCCGCGGUGCUGCCCUGGAGCUGCAGGGAGGAGGAAAGCUGGGUGCUUUGUGGGAAGGGGCAUAAGGGGAACAUUUGGAGUCUUCUGAGCAGGCGACUGUAUCCCCUGUCUUUCUGGUGAGAAACACUAAUAAUUUAUUAGAUUUACAGGAAGGUGAUAAAUGAAAAACUUCAGUCAGUUUAUUGGAAACCCCACCCAGGGUGGAGCUGGCUUUUGUUGCACCUUCUCCCUGUGCCUGCGUGUGCCCUUUCUCAACUGCUUCCAGCAUCCAGUUGGUGUGGCAUCCCAGGAGCUGGUCCAGGCCCAGGGGUGGUGACAGGCUUCCCCCUCACCGCAGGGAUGGUGAUGGUGACCCUUACUUCAUGGUCAAGGGUGGCAUCACACCAGGGAAGGGGCACUGGGUUGACAUGAGCUAGAUAGGCCCUUGCAGGGUGAGGGGUGCUGAGGGCAUUUCUCGUGAGCAGGAGGAGGCGCAGGCAGCCUCUCCCCCAAGUCCUGUUCCCUCCUCCCCCAGGGGCACAGGCAGGGGUUUGCAGCAUCAUUUAAAGUGGCAUUUUUCUUUGCACAUUUUACUCCCCUUUCAGACAAAUCAACCUGACCCCCAUGUGGUACUGCAGCCCCCCUUUUGCUAGCCUGUGUCUGCACAGCAGGUUCAGGCUUGAGGGUGGGGAGGCUGUGUGGGGGUCUCCUGGGUGCUAGGGAGAGGGGAGAAAGGGUCUCAGGCUACAGGCCCUCAACACCCUGGAAGAUCAGCACUGCCUUGUUGUAAUGAGGCCCCAUGGGCUUCCUUCCCUGAGCUGCUGCAGGGUUUUCUUCCAGCUGAGGUGGUGAGAGAGGGAGGGAGCCCUGGGAGAGCAGCCCCUAGGAGCUGUCUCCAGCAAGGACCACCAUCUUCAGGAGCAUGAAAGCCUCAUGGGACUGUGCUGACUUUCUUCACCUGCCCUGACUGGUGUAGGCUCCCCUGCCACCACCCAGCCUGAGAGGGAAGUUGUUCCUCUCCUACCUCUUGCUCUUGCCCCCUUCCUGUUGAUAGCUGUGUCCCAGAGGCAGGCAGGGAACAGGAUGGGUGGGAGAGGUGACUGGAGCCCCUGGCACAUGGAAGGACUGACCCUAUUUAAAGACAUUUUGUGAGGUUGUUUCUGGUCAGUAUCAGUUGCCCUCAAUUGCUUCCCCCUUACCCUUGUGUAAAAUGUAAAGGAAAAUAAUAAAUCCCUCUGCUAUUUAGCUAUAUUUAUUUCCCUCAAACCCUGCCACCGUCCUGUUUGGUGCUCAUUGCGGACACUAUCACCCUCCCUUUGCCUGUCAUCUGUGGGUGCUGUACCAGCUCCCUGGGGCUGUACCCUGAGGCCCAGGUGAAAGGGGACGGUCAUUUACCUUUUCAAUCACCCGUGCUGGCCCAGGAGCUCCAAGCACUUUAAUCGACCAGAACAAAUGAACUGUCAGCCCUGCCCACCUCAGCUGCCAGGAACGGUGGUCACAUCUUACAGCUUUUUUCCCCUGUGCCUUCCACUAGAGGAAGGGAACCGGACCCACAGAGAGCAGGUGGGGGGCUGCUCCAGGGAGGACAUAGUUGCCUUUCCUACAAGACUUCUAUAGGAAUCCCAGGCCUGGAGAAACAGGUGGAUGGAACAGAAGAGGUGUGGGUCUUCAGUGCAUGGGGAGGGCAGGUCACACCAGCUUCCAGGGCUCAGCUGGGGCUGGAGCACACAUGGGUGUGAAGGGGCAUGGUGAGAGUCACCUGUCCCUUCCAGGUAGCGGCCAGGAAUGAAAUGAGCAUGUGAGCUGAGAGUUCCCAGUCCACUCGCAGGCUGGGGCAGGGGAGAUGUCGAUCCUGCUUCCCUUCUUCUCACACCCACCUACUGCCCUUGCUCCUGGUCCAGCAGGUGGGCUGGGAUGCCAUGGUCUCUGUAGGUACGGCUGUGCUCCAGGGCUGCCUCUGUGGCUGGCAGGGCCCUACCCACAGAGAGCUGUGUAUUCUGAGUGGCACUGUCUGUGUAGAGAUGUGUAUAAUACCCUGUAUAUAUUUGUGUACAAAAGAAAAAAGGAAAAAAAGGA